UGGUGCUGGAGUCAGCGGUCAGAGGGGAUGGGCCCGCGGGAAGUCACAGGUCACGGGAGGGUCACUUUUGACCUUCGGCUAGAUGCCAGGCUCUGGACAUGUACAACCCCCUUCGUUCUCAUGACCCCCAUUUCACGGAUGAGAAAACGUGCCAGAUGACCUCACCUGCCCAAGGUCACUUGGCAGGCUGGGAGACGGUUCCAGAAGGACCUUCAUGGUGGGGAAAGGAAUUUGAUCUCGAGGAUGCGCUGCCUGACUACGCGUACACUGCUUCGGGCCCUGGCCCAGGCUGCACGUGCAGGACAUCCCACUGGCCGGAACCUCCACGGCAGCACAGUCGCAGCGACCUACAAGUUCGUGAACAUGCGGGAACCUUCGAUGGACAUGAAGUCGGUGACCGACCGAGCUGCUCAGACCCUGCUGUGGACUGAGCUCGUCCGAGGCCUGGGCAUGACCCUAAGCUACCUGUUCCGGGAGCCUGCCACCAUCAACUACCCAUUCGAGAAGGGCCCACUGAGCCCUCGCUUUCGGGGAGAGCAUGCGCUGCGUCGCUAUCCAUCGGGAGAGGAGCGCUGCAUUGCCUGUAAGCUUUGUGAGGCCGUCUGCCCCGCCCAGGCCAUCACCAUCGAGGCCGAGCCGCGGGCCGAUGGCAGCCGCCGGACCACCCGCUAUGACAUCGACAUGACCAAGUGCAUCUACUGCGGCUUCUGCCAGGAGGCCUGUCCCGUGGACGCCAUUGUCGAGGGCCCCAACUUCGAGUUCUCCACCGAGACCCACGAGGAGCUCCUGUACAACAAGGAGAAGCUGCUCAGCAACGGGGACAAGUGGGAAGCAGAGAUCGCCGCCAACAUCCAGGCCGACUUCCUGUACCGCUGACGCCCCUGCCCGCCGGGCCCGCGGCCCCUGCCGCCCAAUAAAACAGCUCUGCCUCCUG